UGUGAAGCGGCGAGGCUGGAGUUACCCCGCUACACCUUUUCGCCUCCUAUGACAUGUUUUGGGUCUCCUUGGAGGUUCACGGAUCUCCAGUUGUUUACUUGAGCCCGAUGAGUCGGUCUUCAUCAACGGGCCCACAUGGCGGAGUACGACGGCCUCAGGGUGCCGGCCAGGAGCUACAGCCGCUUCAGCUGCAAGAACUACAAACUGAUCUACACGGACUGGGCCAACCACUACCUCGCCAAGUCGGGACACAAGCGUCUGAUCAAGGACCUGCAAACGGACGUCGCAGACGGGGUGCUGCUGGCGGAGAUCAUACAGGUCGUAGCCAACGAGAAGAUCGGCGACAUCAAUGGCUGUCCCAAGAGCCGUUCUCAGAUGAUUGAGAACAUCGACACCUGCCUCAGUUUCCUGGCAGCAAAAGGAGUCAACAUCCAGGGACUGUCUUCAGAGGAGAUCCGUAAUGGUAAUCUGAAAGCCAUCCUCGGCCUCUUCUUCAGCUUGUCCCGCUACAAGCAGCAGCAGCAGCACGCCCAGCGGCAGACCUCCCAGCCGUCUGUCCCACCCAGGGCCCAGCCGCAGGGCGCCCACCCUCCCCUGAGCCAGCAGAGCAGCGCCCCGGCCCAGCUCGGCCACUCUACGCAUGGGACUCCCACCCUCACGGCCCAGAAAGCAGCACAGGCCGAGAUGCAGUCCAGACUUCCUGGCCCCUCAGCGAGGGUGUCCACUGCCGGCGGUGACAUCCCUCCGAGAGGCUCGGUCAGCGCUGCCGGGAACCGACGCAGCCAGGGCUUCAGUGACAAGACCAAAGCCAACUCGCACCUGAACAAAGAUUCCUCAGAGGGCAUGACCUCACAGCCUUUGGUGAUGACUGAGCAUGCUCCGUCAUCUGCAGUGACCGUCGGCUCCUCCACCAGCAUCCCCGCCGCUACCUCCGGCCAGAUCCCUCCCCCAUCUUCGUUGUCCUCACCCUCCUCCUCCUCCUCCUCCACGGCCAUUCCCCAGCCCAGCAGCAGCAGCAACAGCAGCAAGCCCUGGAGGAGCAAGUCUGUGAGCUCCAAGCACAUCUCCCCCUCGCCCUCCUCCACCGGCAGCUCUGCCAUGCAGUCCGUCAAGCAGGAGAAGGACACCUCCUGUAAGGCGGAAGCUCCCCCUAAGGUCGUCGCUCAGAAGUCAAUGCUGGAGAAGCUUAAGCUCUUCAACAGUAAAGGAAGCUCCAAAUCUUCCACAUCCUCCAAUGGAGCAGCGGCCCAGACCGACAGCGCCCCCCCGGCCAGGCAACUCGAGGCGGCGAAAGCGGAGAGAGCCGAGACCGGCUCCAACACUGAGCCCCUGGAGGAAGACGACGGCAACGUCCGGCCGGGGAUGAACGGGACCAGCAACGGGACGGCCUACGGAGCAGCUCCCCCUGCAGGCACGACUGUCUCCACAACCGCCAGCAGCCCCAAAAUUGCCCUGAGGGGCAUUGCCCAGCGCACUUUCAGCAGAGCUUUGACUGCCAAGAAGGGCUCUAUCAAAAGCACAGAGAAAGACAAGGAGAAGGGGAAGGAGAAGGAGAAGGAGAAAGCGAAGGAGGCGGGGAAACGCAUCUCGGUCCCCGAACGGACAGAGCUCAGGGGGGACGAGCUGAAGGAGGAAGUAGCACCUGUUGCUGUCGACACAGACAGCUCAAACAAAAGGACCUCUAAAAUCACCAGCUUCAUUCCCAAGGGGGGUAAGGUGGCCAAAAAGGAGAGUUCCACCCCUGCACACAGCGGAAUACCAAAGCCAGGAGGCAAAGCCCCCGGAGUCGGGGGGAAAGCUUCCUCAGUGAAGGAGGCUGGGGAGAGGCCUCGGAGCAUGCGGUUAGGAGGGGGUCUGGGGAUGCACCGCGGCCCCCUGGACAGAGACAGGGACAGCAGACACUCCAGCUCUACCUCCAGCCUGGCCUCCACAGAGGGAAAGUCCAGCGCCUCCCCCGUGGCAGGAGGAGGCACUACACAGAGCACAGCCAGCAACACCAUCAGCGUGCAGCUACCUCAGACUCAACAGCACCACAGCCACCCCAACACGGCCACCGUCGCACCUUUCAUGUACAGAUCCCAAACAGACGGUGAGGAAACAGGAAACCUUGAGACCGGCUCGGGAGGAAGAGGGGGAGACGUUUGCUUCACCAAGACCAGCCAGCUCUCCACCGAGGACCUUUCAGCUGAAGACCCAGAGACCAGGCGGCUGCGUACCGUCAAAAACAUCGCAGACCUGCGGCAAAACCUGGAGGAGACCAUGUCCAGCUUGCGAGGAACUCAGGUCACACACAGCACCUUGGAGACCACCUUCGAUGGCAGCGUCACCACAGAUGUCAGCGGUGGGGGAGGCGGCGGCAGCAACGGCAGCAGCAGCAGCAGCAGCGCAGGGGGUCGAAGCAGCAUCCUCAGCCUCACUUCUGCCCGCCCCUCCCUGUCGUCAUGGCGACUGGGCCACUCCAGCCCUCGUCUGCAGGCGGGCGACGCCCCCUCUAUGGGAAACAGCUAUGGUGGCGGCGGCCGGGUGGCCGGCGGCCAGACGGGGCGCUACCUGUACCCCGGGCAUCUCCGGCGGCAGCUGGCCGGCAGGGGAGGAGCCAUCUGCAGCGUGGACCUCGGAGACCGAGCCGGGGAGGACAUCGACCUGGACGGCAUCGCCGUGGACGUCACCGGGUACAUGAGCGAUGGAGACGUGCUGAACAAGAACGCCACGCGCCCCGACGACGUCGCCAGCGGCUACAUGACUGACGGAGGUUUGGGUCUGUACACGCGGCGCCUGAACCGCCUGCCCGACAGCAUGGCCGCCGUACGAGAGACACUCCAUCGCAACACGUCGUCCGGACAGGGAGACGCUGACAGCUGGGAUGACAGCAGCUCUGUGAGCAGUGGCAUCAGCGACAACAUCGACACAGAUGACAUCAACACCAGCUCCUCCAUCUCGUCCUACGCCAACACGCCCGCUGCCAAACGCAAGGGCCUCAACGCACAGCCUGUGACGGAUGCAGAGAAGCACUCGGCCUCCACAGUGGUGCACCAGGCCUGGUCAGGAGACGAGGUGAAAAGGCCAGACGGCGGGUCAAACGGCAGGGCCAAGAUGGAGUCGGGCUCCAAGUGGAGCCGCCGGAACCCCUCCGACGUCUCUGACGAGUCCGACAAGGGCAGCUCGGGGAGGAAGACCCCCUCCGUGUCCCACACGGGCUCAUGGAGGAGAGGCAUGAGCACUCAGGUGGGGGUGACGUCCCCCCGGACUAAAAGCACCAGUAGCUCCAGUGGCCUCAAGACCCACAGUUCAGGUAAGACGGACGACGUCAAGGUGUCAGAAAAGGGUCAUCUCUCUCCUCGUGCUAACAGCCUUCACCGCUCGCCCUCCGACGCGGGACGCAGCAGCGGCGACGAGGCGAAGAAACAGACGAUCCCCACCAGCCGCACGUCGACGACGAACGUCCUCGCGCACGCCGUUUCAGACCCCCACUCCCAGACACACGCGCACACCUCGCACAGCUCGCACACCUCGCGCACCCCGACCAGCACAUUCGGCUUUAAGAAGCAGGGCCACGGGAUGGUGACCAUGGUUACUGCCAGCGGCGCCACCAUCACCAGUGGCUCAGCCACCCUGGGCAAGAUGCCCAAAUCUGGGGCGCGCUCGCUCGCGGGAGGUUUGAAGUCCGGCGGGCAGGACGGCUCCUCGAUGCUGGGUCACCACGACGACGGUUUCCUCCCCAUGAGCGCCCGCUCCACGCUGCAGUACCGCAGCCUGCCGAGGCCCAGCCGCUCGGGAGCGGCCGCCCGCAACGGAAACCGCUCCUCCACCAGCAGCAUCGAGGCCGCCGUGCUCUCCGUCACGACCCACGGGAAAAACUCAAUCGGCAUGGCCAAGGCCAACGGCUCGGGGGGCCCGCUGGCCAAUCAGACGGAUCGGGAGAAGGGCGUGUCUGAGAUCGACAGCCUCAGGGGCGGAGUCGGGAUGCAGAGUGGCGGAGCAGCGACUGUUCCCCUGACUGGAAGACAACAGGUUUCUUCACCCACACUGCGCAGACUGUUUGGUGGGAAGCCCUGUAAACCGGCUCCGGUCACCACGGCCGAAAACAUGAAGAACUCCACCGUCAUCUUCAACCCCCACGCCACCAUGAACCAUGUGGGCACGGUGCUGGAGUCCCCCGACGGGGGGCCGGGAGGCGUAGACAGCGAGACCAGCAGCCCCCUGUUUGGUGGCAGAGUGCAGGGGCUCGGGAUGGGCACGCUGGGCAGCGAGCAGGCCUCCAGUCCCGGCUCGGUCUACUCCUCCACCGGCCCCUCCAACAGCCUGACGUGGGGCACCACCUUCAGCAGCUCCUCCGCCCAGAGCAGGGAGAGCACGCUGGGCGGGCACGGCGGGGCGGGCAGCAUGGGAUACCCCUCCGUCAGCAGCAUGCACACCAGCAGCGAGUCCAUCGACAUGAGCCUGGGCAGCGGCGCCCACAGGGAGGACACCCUGUCCGCUCUGGGACGCGCCAGCAGCGCCAAGACCGGCAUGUCUGAGAGUCCCCUCUCCUCCCCGUCUGCUAGCCCUUUAUUCAGCCGAAACACGCUGCCUCGGAAGCAGGACAGCGGUCCACACUGUGGUAGAAACACUCUGCCUAAGAAAGGACUCAGGUACGGCCCGUCCCCGCAGCUGCGAAGCCACGAGGAGUCCCGUGAUUGGCUGCGCUCCCACUCCACCAGCGGGCUGCAGGAAUCAGUCAGUAACUCCCCGUUCUCCCCCAGCUCCAGCCUCACCUCCCCCUCCGGCACCCGCUUCAACUUCGGACAGCUCGCAUCCAGCCCCACCUCGGCAGCUCAGAUCAACCUCACCGGUCUGCGCAACAACAGCCUGACCAAUCAGGAAGUCUCCUUUGACCCUUGCACCGACAACCGACUGAGAAACUCCUGCAUGUCGCUCGACGAGAAGACUCGAACCAUGAGCAGAUCGGGCUCCUUCAGAGACGGCUUUGAGGAAGUUCACGGAUCAUCUCUGUCUCUGGUCUCCAGCACUUCUUCCAUUUACUCCACGAAUGAGGAGAAGUCCCAGUCGGAGAUCCGCAAGCUGCGGCGGGAGCUCGACUGCUCCCAGGAAAAGGUUUCCGCCCUGACGACGCAGCUGAGCGCCAAUGCUCACCUGGUGGCAGCGUUUGAACAGAGUCUGGGCAACAUGACCAUCCGGCUGAAGAGUCUCACCUUGACGGCGGAGCAGAAGGACUCCGAGCUGAACGAGUUGAGGAAGACCAUCGAGCUGCUGAAGAAGCAGAACGCUGUCGCUCAGGCGGCCAUCAACGGAGUAAUCAAUACACCUGAACUCACGCCCAGAGGGGACAGGACAGCCGGCAGCAACGGCAGCCCUCAGCAGCAUCACCAUCAUCAUCACCAUCAUCAGCAGCAGCAGCAGCAGCAGCAGCAGCAGCAUCAGCAGCAGCAGCAGCAGCAGCCGGACCUGCGCAUCAGGAGGCAGCACUCCUCCGACAGCGUCAGCAGCGUCGCCAGCGCCACCAGCCACUCCAGCGUGGGCUCCAACAUGGACACCGACGCAAAGAACAAGAAGAAGAACAAGAAGAACUGGCUGCGGAGCUCCUUCAAACAAGCGUUCAGCAAGAAGAAAUCUCCCAAGUCGGCCUCUUCCCACUCCGACAUCGAGGAGAUGACGGACUCGUCGCUGCCGUCCUCCCCCAAGCUGCCCCACAACGGCUCCUCGGUCAACAGCCACAUGCUCAGGAACACGCACUCCAACUCGCUACUGUCCGAGUGUUUGGACAGCGAGGCGGAGACGGUGAUGCAGCUGCGCAGCGAGCUCAGGGAGAAGGAGAUGAAGCUGACCGACAUCCGCCUGGAGGCGCUCAGCUCCGCUCAUCAGCUGGACCAGCUCAGGGAGGCCAUGAACCGCAUGCAGGUGGAGAUCGAGAAGCUGAAGGUGGAGAAUGACCGUCUGAAGGUGGAGAAUCAGGGCAGCAGGAUGGGCUCCCAGGCCUCCGUCUCGUCCUCUCCUCCCCGUCAUCACACACACGGCCAGGCUCAGGGAACCGGGCCGGGGCUCUCCCAGCACAGCCUCAACCUCACCACCAGCGAGUCCACCAGCCUGGACAUGCUGCUGGACGACACCGGCGGAGACGGAGGCAUGAGGAAGGAGGGGCGACACGUGAAGAUGGUCGUCAGCCUGGACGAGGCCACCAAGUGGGGGGAGGAGGGCCGGCCUCGCCAGUUUCUCAUCGGUUGCAUCGGCGUGAGCGGUAAAACCAAGUGGGACGUCCUGGACGGAGUCGUCCGGCGCCUUUUCAAGGAGUACGUCACCCACGUGGACCCGGUGAGCCAGCUGGGCCUGAGCUCAGACAGCGUGGAGGGAUACAACAUCGGAGAUAUCCACCGGCCCAGCAUCCCCAAGGCCGCGCACACGCCCGAGCUGCUGCCCUGCGGCUACCUGGUGGGAGACAGCAACACCAUCAACAUCCGGCUCAAAGGUGUGAGGAGUGAGAACGUGGACUCGCUGGUGUUCGACACUUUGAUCCCGAAGCCGAUGCUGCAGCGCUACGUCUCCCUGCUGAAGGAGCACCGGCGCGUCAUCCUGUCGGGCCCCAGCGGCACAGGGAAGACCUACCUGGCCAAUCAGCUGUCUCGACACCUGCUGCUGCUGGAGGGCCGACCUCUGACCCCGCACGCUGUCGUCACUUUCAACGUGGACCACAAGUCCAGCAAGGAGUUGCGUCAGUACUUGUCGGGUUUGGCCGAGCAGUGCAGCGGUGUCCCGGGGUCAGACAGCCCCCUGGUGGUCAUUCUGGACAACCUGCACCACGUCAGCUCUCUGGGAGAGAUCUUCAACGGCGUUUUCAACUGCAACUACCAGCACUGCCCUUACAUUAUCGGCACCAUGAGCCAAGCCACGUCCUCCGCCCCCAACCUGCAGCUUCACCACAACUUCAGGUGGGUGCUGUGUGCCAACCACGUGGAGCCGGUGAAAGGCUUCCUCGGGCGCCACCUCAGGAGGAAGCUGAUCGAGACGGAGAUCGGCAGCCGGACGCGCAACACGGAGCUGGUGAGGAUCAUCGACUGGAUGCCGCGGGUUUGGCACCACCUCAACCGCUUCCUGGAGACGCACAGCUCCUCGGACGUCACCAUCGGACCUCGUCUCUUCUUGUCCUGUCCCAUGGACGUGGAGGGAUCCAGGGUUUGGUUCACUGACCUCUGGAACUACUCCAUCAUCCCCUACAUGCUGGAGGCCGUACGGGAGGGACUGCAGCUCUACGGCCGCAGGGCUGUGUGGGAGGACCCCGCCGCCUGGGUGAUCGACACCUACCCGUGGUCAGCCACGUCCACUCCGGCCGAUUGGCCCCCGCUGCUGCAGCUCCGCCCGGAGGACGUGGGGUUCGACGGCUACUCGGCCCCGAGGGAAGGAGUCAGGAAAGAGCCGCCGCAGAGCGACAGCGACGCCGACCCGCUGAUGAACAUGCUGAUGCGUCUGAAGGAGGCGGCGACGUCAUCGAGCCCGCAGAGCUACGACAGCGACUCCAACAGCAACGGUCACCAUGACGACAUCCUGGACACGUCGCUGGAGUCGACCCUGUGAUCGGUUUUCAGAAGGACCUUUUUUUUUAUUUUUAAUAUAGGAACUGUGAGAACAUCCUUUCUUUGGAGUCAAAUUUCACGACACAAAAUCCAGCCACCUUAAUUUGGGUGCAGGUAACCCAAAUAUUUAAGAAGAAGAAGAAGAAGAAGGAAAGAAAACAGGUUCAAAUUGCAUUUCAGAAAACAGGCAACAAGUAUAUACUGCACUGCGCUGUUUAGUUUGUUGUUGUUGUUGUUUUUCACCGCUGUGGCCAGUGGCUCCUCUGUCGGGAGCCUGACUUCUACUUCAGACAGAAACAACGAAAGAAAAGCACACCGCCUGUCACGGUCGGCGAGGCGUCGUCAUUACCGUCAUCAGCAUCAUAGCAGCCAGCGGCGGGGUGGUGGGGGGGGGGGCUGAGGUACUCCUGGUCCGGCCCAGCCGCAGUGUGUCUGAACCGCCUGCAGGUGGCGAUACAGACUCUCGUCUACCAGCCUCUUGAGAACAAUGAUGAGGCUGCUGCUGCUGCUGCCGCCGGUUGGUUGGAUGGAUGAGCAGCCAGCAGCUUUCUGCUCGUCUUCCUCCUCCGUGGCUAAAGCUGCCUGCGUGGUUGCCGGAGGAUAAAGCAGGUCACGGUGAACGUUAAGUCCCACCAGCAGGCCCACUCACACUCCUCAGAGUUAAUUAAUACACCCCAAAACUCCACUCGCUGUUUGAUUUGAUUCCUGUGGUGCAGUAAUAGGUCAUGAAACGGGAAUUGAGAGCACCAAUAAAAAAAAAACGCCUCCGAUCAAGAUGCACCUUUUUAAUGUUUUUCAGUUAAAUGUCUGACAAACGAAAGAGAGCUGGUGUUUAUAAAUGCAUAUCCGUGAUAUAUAAACGUGGUAAUAAAAGGAAGUUAGUUAAAACUGUAGGGUGACAUAUUAACAAAAGGUCCUCAGUUGGUUACAUCCUGCCUGAGAGACUUGUUCUAGCAGACAGUAGCUCCCUUGAAAUGGAGCAGAGUAACAUUAAAGUACAUAAAACACUCUAAGGACUAAAUCUAAUUUACUAAAAAUCCCUUUGUUUGCCCAAAAAGAGGAAAGGGCACACUAGCUGGGAAAUAAACAUUCACCAUGACUGGAUCUAUCCUCUAAACUUUGACCAUGUUUGUCAUCCUUGUGUCGUAACUUCACAAAACAACGACUCACUUCUCCCUUCGACCACUUAAUGAUCCUUUGAGACAUUGCACAACUCUCUUUUGGUGCUGGACUGAAUUCAAACAAUGCCUUACUCUAUGUGCAUUAGCAGAUUUUUAUUUAAUUUCAUUUGUCUAAACGGCUGUAAACUUUAACAAACGGGGCUCCCGGGACGCGAAUGAGGAGCAGUGCUUGUUUAGGGUUUCUAAAUUAAAAGGUGUAUGCAUGUGCAGCCUCUGUGCUGUGAAGCUGGUGUAAAUAUUUGGACCACUAGCGAGAGAAAAAAAAAAAGAUGAAUAUAUAUUGAUGUGUUUCGGUGCUCGGAUUCAGAACGUUCUGCAGGUCGAUCGUGUGUGCGAGGGAAGUUUUUAAGACGACGUGUCGAUUUUUUUAUACCUCAUCGCCCAUCCUUCAGCUGUGCUUUUCGUCACGCUCGCAAGUCGUAAUUAGCCGAAACAAACGCGUUCGGCUAAUUACGUGAAAGCUCGUGUCAAUGCUGCUUUUGUUUAUAGGGAUGUAAUUAAUCGGAGGUUUAAAAAAAAAAAAAAAAAAAAAAAAAGGUAUAAAGGUACUUGUGGUUGAAUGACAAUGUAAAACAGUUUGAGAUUAUUUCUGUGGCUUAAAAAUGUAAAAGAAUAUCGUACUUUUGUUUAGUUUUAUUUUUUCUUUAAACCUCCCAGCGUGGGGGGGGGGGGCGGAGGGGUCAUGUCAUCCAGCACAACCUCCACGGCUUUCAGUGUUCUAGUCACGGAUCCUAUGCAACAUUCAUUCUGAUGUCCGAAUGGAAGCCAAACGCUGUGUGUGUGCGUGUGUGUUUGUUUGUGUGUGUGUGUGUGUGUGUGUGUGUGUGGGUGGGUGUGUGCGCGUCUUUCCCCCUCCCCUCCCCCGAAUGUUUUUUUUCAGCACUGCCCGAAACUUACAGCAUGGAAUCAGAUUUUGUUAGGACGUUUCAGAUGUUUAGCCCCAUGUUCUUUGUCCAUAUUUGUAUGUCCCUGUAGGUUUUAGAGGCCCUCCCUGCUGUGGCACCUGUAAGCACAAUGAGACCGAGUAAGAGUCCGCUCCAAGAGGUUCGGGUGUCGUGAAAGCAUUUGACCCGUCUGUCAAGUUUAUUACUCAAACUCAAAUGAAUGUUAAGCCUUCUUUGCUAUGUACAUUUUUUUGUAUGUAACAUAACCUUGUAAAUAGUUGAUUAUCUUGCAGAAUUUUGAUGACUUUUUCUAGCUGAUUUGUUA